GCCCGGCGAGGGAGGGAUAAGAGGCUCCGCCUGGUAGUGGGACGCGGCUGUGACGUGGCUGAGCCGUUACCGUGGCCGCUGCGCCGUUCCCAGAACACAGCUGGGCUGCUGGCCUGGUGGUGGAAGCACUUCAGUAUGGACCGAUUUGAAGAUUCAUCAGAUGGUGAAGUGGAUCACACUUUCUAUGAGAGUGAUUUUGGAGAGGAGGAGAAGAAAACUGAAGCAAAUGGUGAAUAUAUAGAGAAAGGAAGUACAAAGGUAGCUCAUUCUGACCCUGACUUGAUUGCUAGUUCAAAGGAUGAAAACUGUUGUGAGGAGGAAAAUGAAGAGAAGCAGGAAGAUUUGCAGAAGAGUCGGUUCCUAGAAGAUAGCGAGGACAAUCCUGGGGAUGCUUCAUCUUUUUUACUUCCUCCAGUUCAUGAGAAUGCAGGCACAUCUGGAGCAACAUCUGCAGCAAGCAGGAGAAUGCAGGAAAAUGUUACUGCUGGAAUCCCUGAAAUAAAUUAUUACACAGAUGAAGAAGAUAGUAGUGAUGAUAGCAGAAAACAGAUUAGACCAGAGUCAGCUAAGCAGUCAUACCAUGCAGGAGGGGCUAGAAGAACAUACAGUACUACCAGCUCCUCUUCCUCAUCCUCAAGCUCAGAUACAGAUUCUGAUAGCUCUGUAUCAGAUUCAUUGCAUUCUUCCUCCAAGAGAAAUGCUUGUAGUGUGGCUCUUCCAUCUCCCAAAGAAAAAUUUGCAUCAGCAAUAAAAUUACCAGAAGGAAAACCAAAGCUUGGAGACCAUGCCGAGGAAUCUGAAGAUGCAGAAUCCAAGUCUGAUUUCAGCAGCAGUGGCUUACAUGAUGGUAUGGAUUUGAAUCAGCAUUUGAAAGCUGCUCUACAGUUGAAGAAUGAAGAGCGGCGGAAACUAACUGUAGGUCAUACAUCUGGAAGAACAAGGGAGAAGUUUUCCGCCAGUGAAGAAGUUAAGUAUUGCUCUGAUUUAAAAACUGCUCUGGAGUUGAGGGAUAAACGACAACAAAAACUGGGCGUCAUUCGUCCAUCUAGAGGAACAAGGAAAAAUUAUUCUUUCACAAAUGAAGAAGUUAGACGAAUUGAUCAGGAAAACCAGAGGCUGCUCCAUGAACUGGCCCGGCUGUGUGUGACACCGGGAAGCAGAACCAAUGUGCUGAAGAAGUCGGCUUCUCCGUCUCUUCAAGUGUACCACAGUGCCAUCAACAGGCAAAAAGAGCAGCAGAGGAUUGAAAAAGAAAACCUGGCUUUACUGAAGAGACUGACAGCAGUGAAGCCAACACCUGGAAUGAAGCGUUCCGAACAACUGUGGGACUAUCAGCGCUAUGUGAGCUAUGCAAGUGCUUCACCAUCUGCAAGAGAAGGAAGUUCUCUUUCCAGGCAGCAUGGCCUGUCUCGAGUCCCUUCAAGAACAUACACUGCAUCAAGCACAAUGAGGCAGAAGAAGGAAAAGCUUAUGUCAGUUUCACCUACUGGGGCAUCACAGAGACCUAAAUCCACUAAUGUUCAUGCUGCUUGUUUAAAGUGCAAGCAGCGUCCUUAAAUUUUAAUUCCUGGGAACCUCAGAGACUUUGAGCAAGUUGGAAGAAUCAGGCAAGGCCAUUCUUCAUAUGGAGUUUAUAGGAUUUCCUCUGUACCAGAGCCUAUCUUCUGCCAGAUUGUUUGCAGCAUUUACUGAAGAUCCUGAGGCAUCUCAGCUGGUACCCCUCACUCAGAUAAGCAUUGGCUAGCUACAUUUGUCUUGUAUGGUGGGUGUUUUCCUACUUGUCAGCUAAACAAUUUCAGGAUGAAUCCCUACAAAUAGCUGAUAUUUUUCUAACAUAUCAGCCAAUAAAGUUUCCUUUUGACUCCUUUUCCUUGUAUGCUCCCUCCAUCUAUGGUGUUUGCCUGCUCAAAGUCAGGUGCAAAAUAGUGGAUGAACCUUGUCAUUUCCAUCUGAUGAAUGAAAAAUUCAGAGCUGCAUCUGGAGCCAUCUUCCAGGAGAGAUUAUGGUUGAGAUCAGCUUUGUAUUCUGUGUACCAGGAGGGGUUGCUAGUGCUUAUGAUGCAGGUCUGGUUUGUCUUUGGGAUGUUAGUUCUAUUUCCUUGUUCAGGUAAACUUCUCUACAUCUGUUAAGUUUCCUCCUGGUCAAAAUGAGACAGGAUUUGCCAACAGUGAUCUUUGCCACUGUGUUAUUUAAAGAUUCCUUGCUUCUCAUUACAGAGACCCAAGAUGCCAUUAUUUUUGUUGCAAGCUCUGAUCAUGGGCAAAAAUUGUAAUAAUAAGUUAUGUGGUAAGAGCUUGGGACAAAAGUCACAAUUCUCAGUUCUGCCCACACACUACUUCUCAAGACUAGAACAUACUAUUGAGAGAUUUUUCUAGUUUAAAGGGCCGGAAAGGAAAAACAGGGCUGAGCAAGUAUCUUGUCUUUUAUGGUUUUUCUUCUGCUGUGCCUCUCAGCGUGCCUUAAAUUCUUCUGUUUUCUUUUGUUUGUUUUUAAAAACUGGUGGCUGCUGUUCCUUCCAUAACAAGCCUAGAGCUGAGAACACAGGUUUUCACCUGCAGAAAGGUAGGGAAAACUCUACUUGUGGACAUAAAUUCUUCCCCUUCCACUCUCUGCAGUAUGCUGUGUUCUUUAGAGAGUGAGGCUUCCCUUUCAGAUCCACCCUGAAGGUCCUAACCUCUUGAUCCAAAAGAUAAAUCUCAGUGCCCUCCCUCACUGGGUUGCUUUCUGGGUUGUGUGGUACAGUCCACACAUGCUUGGUGGUGGGUGGGCUCUGUCUUUCUCUACUUCUAGAAUCUUUUCCCAGAUAUUCAAGGUAUUUCCCUCUGUUUGAGUUACAAGGUAAUAGUGAUGAUUUCAGUGCAGGGUUCUGCUGAAUAACUUUGAGGUGCAGAUGGAUUGAAGUGGCGCUAGUGCAGGGCUUAUUUCACGGUAGUAGCAAAGUGUCUGCAAAGCUGCCUGCUUUCCAGCUUUGCAGAGAACUGGAUUUUAUGCUGAGGGAACAGUGCUGCUUUUAGGAGAGUGGUUAUUCAACUGAUGAUUUUUGAAUUCAUACACCAAGUAUCUUUGUGGAAAGUGCUGCUUGUUAAAUGCCAAAGUGUGUGUGUGAGCAUAUACGGAGAAAUAAGGAAUUUUUUAUCUGUAUUUUAUAAUGUAUUAUUUCACCUACUGUUUCUUCUCCAGAGGAAUUUUCCUGCAAUGAUUUUUUUUUUUCCCUUCUGAACAGCCUUCACUCCAUUUUGUUUUUUGCCUUCUUUUCUGCAAUGUUUCAGAAUAUUUUUUUCUAGAAUUAAAUAAAAUCCAGGAUGUUUGUUCUUA